CUCAGUUCCACCUUUGCAUUGGUUUCUACUGGUCGCCACUAAAAAUGGAUCCAACGGCAUCAACUGUUGCCUCGGUCGCAACUGCAGCUAGUAAGCUGAUUCUUCGCUUCACACCGUUGGAUUAUGGACUUUUCAUUUUGCUUCUAAGUGUUUCUGUAGCUAUCGGCAUCUAUUUUGGGUUCUUCUCGAAAAUCAAGCAAAAUAAUGUGGAAGAAUAUCUUCUAGGCGGAAAGUCGAUGCCAAAUUUCCCAGUAGCUGCUUCACUGAUUGCCACGUCUGUGUCGGGAAUAACAUUUUUGGGACUUCCAGCGGAAAUCUACAGUUACGGCACCCAGAUAUGGACGUUUGGACUUUCAGCCAUGGUUCUAGGAAUAACCCUGCACUAUAUUUACCUGCCUGUAUUCCAUGACAUGCAGUUGACCUCCUGUUUCUCCUAUCUGGAGCUCCGAUUUGGCAGGAUCGUGCGGCUCACCGCCAGUUUUGUGUACGCUCUUUCAUCAAUAAUUUUCAUACCGGUGGUCAUUUAUGUGCCAGCUCUGGCAUUUAGUCAAGUUUCUGGCGUUAACUUGCACAUAAUAACGGCCAUUCUGUGCAUCAUCUGCAUAUUCUACACCACGGUGGGUGGGCUGCGGGCAGUAGUGUGGACCGACACGAUCCAAUUCCUUAUGAUGCUGGCGGCAAUUUUUGCUGUUAUUGCGGUUGGGUUGUUCGAUAUUGGAGGAAUUUCCGAAGUGUGGCAACGAGCUGAGCGUGGAGGACGAUUGAUUUGGUUUGAGUUAAAUCCAGAUCCUACGUUAAGGGUUACGUUUUGGACUGUUACCUUAGGAAUGACCACCAACUGGAUUGUGAUUUUUGGGAUCAAUCAAGCAUGCAUCCAACGAUUCCUCGCCGUACCUACCCGAGAAGCAGCCAAGAACUCUCUGAAAAUCUACAUUAUUGGACUGACAAUUAUUAACUCUAUGGCGUGCCUCAUCGGUUUACUUGUUUACGCCAAAUAUGAAACAUGCGAUCCUAUCACCACGAACCAGAUUCAAAAGCUUGACCAGAUUGUUCCGUUCUACGUGAUGGAUGCCGGUGGCAAGAUCCCUGGUUUGCCAGGACUAUUCAUUGCCGGAGUAUUCUCAGCUGCUCUGUCUACGAUGUCUUCUGGGUUGAAUACGUUAGCAGGCACGAUCUAUGAAGACUUCAUACGGCCAUUUCGUCCUAACGCUUCGGAGCAAUCGUCCAGUACCGCUAUGAAAAUGAUCGUUGUACUACUUGGUGCGAUUGUAAUUGUCUUAGUAUUCGUAGUUGAAAAGUUAGGUUCGAUCAUACAAAUGGCCCUUUCAUGCACGGGAGUAAUAUCCGGGUCUAUAUUGGGAAUGUUCACCAUUGGGAUGGUGUCAACUAAAGCCAAUACAAAGGGAGUCGUUUCUGGUGUAGUAGCUUCAAUUAGCUUUAUGAUGACACUUUGGAUAUCGUCCCUGGGAAAGCUGAAUUACGAGUUUCUUCCAUUGAGAAAAGAUGGCUGCGAUGAUGUUGUUCUGGAGUCCAUGACCAAUUCAACGGUUACUGAUAUUCCGCCAACGACGGAGGAAGAGGAGCUCCCAUUUAUAUUCAAGAUCAGUUUCAUGUACUACGCUUUGAUCGGGGUGACGAUCUUCACCCUUGUGGCUUAUCCCGUGAGUCUAUUCACCGGAGGUGCAAAGGUCAUCGAUCAACGGCUGUUAACGCCUUUCGCAAGAAGAAAAGGCAAAUCUGUAACCACUGUUGAAUUGCAAGAGAAAAAAUGUACGGAUGGUUUGCUGAAUGAUGAGAUAAAAGACAAACACUGAUAGUGGCCACGCGUAAUCGAGAUGCAAUAAAUUGUAAUGCUAUUCUUUAAAAUAGCGACGUUAAUUGUGUGUUUAUCUGGAUAAUAAUGUUGGAAAUGUCAAUAUUGCGGAGUACAAUAUUUUUAUUGUGA